AUGAAUUAAUAAGGAUAAACAAUUAAACUUGGAAAACACCAAGUUGAAGUUUCUCUUGUAAGAGGUGAUAACGUGUCUUAAGAAAUAUUCGAAAAGGUUUAAUAAUCUAAAAAAUUUAAAGACUGGAUAGAUGAAUUCGAUACUACUGGAUUAACUGUAAAGUCUAUUAAAAUAGAUUAUGUUUUUAUGUUUGGACCUAAUGUAGGGUUUGUGAUUCUUUAUACUGACUGUAUAACUCAGUCGCAUAAUAUCAAACUACCAGGUUUCAUUUUUAUGAGAGGAAAGGCAGUCUGCAUGCUUGUUAUUGUAAACUAAAAGUAUAUGCUUUUGUGUAAGCAAUAUAGGGUUCCUGUAGGUAAAUGGUUAAUUGAAGCUCCAGCAGGAAUGAUCGAUGAAAGUGGACACUUUAGUGGUGUUGCUGCCAAAGAGCUUAAAGAAGAAACGGGAAUUGAUAUCGAUAUUAAAGAUUUGGUUGAUUUAGGAGGAUUCUAUCCUUCUCCAGGUGGAUGCGAUGAAGAGUUACUCAUGUUUGCAGUUGAAAAAGACUUAUCAGAAGAAAAAUUAAAAGAAAUUACAAGCAAAAUUCAUGGAGAGCAUGAUGAAUAAAUAACUAUUGAAAUCUAAGAAUAUAACAUGAAAAAUGUUAUUCAAACUAAAGACGCUAAAUUAAUGUGCUUGGCAUUAGCUUAUAACAAUUUCAAAGAAAAUAAAUCUUUAUAAAACUCUUCCUUAUGA